CUAGCUAGCUUAGCUCGUCGGCGUGGUCGCUGCCUGAGCCAAAGAAUUCUCCGAUUGGCUCUCUUCCUCAUCCUGCUUGUCCAACCCUAUGGCAGUGGCAGGAAUGGUGUGGAGCCAAAACACGGUGGAUCGUCAGCUCCGGCAACCGAACGACGACGAUGCCUCGCCGGGGGAGAAGAAGCGGCGCCCGCAUGCCUUCAUCGGGGUGCGCCCGCGGCCGUGGGGCACGUUCGCCGCCGAGAUCCGGGACUCCACGCGCGGCGGCGCCCGCGUGUGGCUCGGCACCUUCGACACCCCGGAAGCCGCCGCGCUCGCCUACGACCAGGCCGCCUUCUCCGCGCGCGGCGCCGCCGCCGUUCUCAACUUCCCCGUCGAGCGCGUGCGGGAGUCGCUGGGGCCGCUAGUCGCGCUCGCCGGCGGCGCAGCAGGGGGCUCCCCCGUCCUCGCGCUGAAGCGGCGGCACUCCAUGCGCAGGCACAUGCGGCGGCGCAAAAAGCUCUCCCGGCCUGUUGUGUCCACCACCACCGGCAAGGCGGAUCUGAGUCUGAGCAGCAAGCAUCUGCGGCAGCCGCCACGCCGCCAUUGCUCCGACGAGCCAUGCUUGCCGGGCGUAGCCAUGGCGGCGGCGGUGCCGGAGCAUCAUGCUGUGACGAUGCGUUGCGGCGUUCUGGAGCUGGAGGACCUCGGCACUGACUACUUGGACGAGCUCCUCCGGGCAUCAUGCGAGCUGACUGCAGGUAGAUCAAGUACGUCGUGAUGGUCUGCACGGGUUAAAUAUUUCAAGAUAAUAAAUAAGUAAUUCAAACAGGCAUCAUACAUAUAGCAUAUAAAUAAGUAGUAUAUAUAAUUAAGGAAAAGAUCUACUUGACCUCCCCCAACUAAACUAUCCUUAAGGUCUAAUUUUCAUCCCUCAACUAUAAAAACUAGGUAUCUGGUCUACUCGCAACUAUUAAAACCGUUUGUUUUACUUCCCUCGACUAUUUUACAUUGUUUUCCACAGAUUUUUCUCCCUUCUUUCUUUUUUCACUCACUUGAGAAAGCAAACGUGAUUCAAAAAUUGAAAACAUUAGCGAGGAGAGUACAAAGAACCAAUUCUUGCAAACUUUUUAAGUUUAAACCCAAAGAAAUUCAAAAUUCAAAAUUUUAAAGAAAACUAAUUCAAACUUUAAUAUAUUUUUCAAGGCAUCAAGAUGAGCUCCAUCUUUGAUGAAAUUUGAAUUGUGUGACACAUAUUAUACGUACAUUUGUGAGUAUAAGUUCUAUAGAAAAAUUUGAAGUUUAUUGGAUUAAUUUUUAUUUUUUUAUUUAUUUUCACAUAAAUGCAAAUCUACUCAAGAAUUUCAUAUGUCCAAAUAAAAUAUGAAAAUUCUUGAGUAGAUUUCUAAUUCUAUGAAAAUAAAUAAAAAGGAUCAAAUUUUGCUCAAAUUUGACCCUUUCUGAGAACUUAAAUUUUUGCUAUAGAACUUGUACAAGCGAAAAUUUUCUAAUGAUGCACCUCUAAUGUGUAUCACGUAGUUCAAAUUUUAUCAAAGACGGAGCUCUCUUGAUGCCUUAAAAAUUCAAUGAAGCUUGAAUUAUUUCUUUCUUCAAAAUUUCAAUUUUUUUUGAGUUUCAACUUCAAAAAGUUAUGAAAUUGGGUACUAUGUACUCUCCUAUACUACUAUGCCAUUUUCAUGAUCUGUUAUCCAUAUUUGUGACCUCAUUUGAGUGAAAAAAAGAGAUAAGAAAGAACAAAUCUAUGAAAAAAUGUAAAAAACGCUUGUGAAAUUGUCGAGGAAGGUAAAAAAACGGUUUUGAUAGUUGAGGGAGACUACAUACCCGGUUUUGUAGUUAACGGACGGAAAUUAGACUUUUGUGAUAGUUGAUGGAGGUAAAGUAGACUUUUUCAUAUAAUUAAUUCAUUAAUAAAUUUUGAGGUCUACUGGUAACAAAGGGUUAUUUAUUAUAUAUAUCUCUCUCCACUUUUUCUAA